AUGGGAGCUUUUACUGGUGCGACUGGACACGACUGGGCCCUGGCAAACAAGAUUAAAGCUCGUCUAAUUCUAAGAGUGGGAGUGGGGGAAAGGGCAGACAAUGAGAGCUUUGGAACAACUUGGAAGAAGGGUUUGCGAUCCUCGUGA